AUGAUGACGCCUCGGGACCUGGCCAGUUGUGCUGCAGCCUUCGCCUUGGCAGAGCGUAGGGACUUCCGUGUCUUUUACCUCUUGGCCGAGGAGGCCAUUGGGAAGGCCAAAACCUUUGGUGCCGAGGAGGCCGCGAAGAUGCUCCAAGCCUACGCAGACGUCAGAGUGCGAUACCCUGGCUUGCGGACGGAUCGGCUGGAUGCAGUUCAUCAGAUCUAUGCGUCCAAAGUGCGCGAGGGUGGAUCCGUCGCCAUUGUGCAGGAUGACGAUGGCGUCUUCGUCCGGACCAAACUUCUGCAAAAGAAUGGGGCGACCUCCUUGGUGCAAGGGUGGUGCCGACAAGGCCAGGAAGCUGUCCAGACGGUCCCAGACAACGCCAUCUUCGGGGGCUGGCCGGCCCUGUCCCUGCUCCUCUCGCACCCCAUGAAGAAGCUCAGGAACGAGAUCGAGUUCCUCUGGCCGAGCACACUCUCGUCCGUGGUUGUGAAGCGAGCUGGCGCGGCGCUGGAUCCAGAUGUCGGGCUCGGAAAUCUGUUGCGCGAUCCCCAUGACUUGUGCAUCAGUAUCGAUGGUGUGGACUACCCACUGGAACAUGACAAAGCCGCGAGCAAUGCUGGCAGUCGAGCCGCCAAAGAGCGGCAGCGCCGGGUGCUGAUCAAGGUCCUAUGGAGCCAAGCUGGAGGUUGCCUCCUGCUCUUUGCCAUCUGGAUGCUUCUGGAGUGGCGCAUCUCGCAGCUGAGGGGUGCCGAAGCUUUGGAUGUGGAUGAGGUGAUCGCCACGCAAAGAUCACGCUUGCAGCGGACGGCGCGACGACGCGAGCUGCCCACCGCGGAGGGCGAAGGUUGGGGUUCCAUCCAGCUCGGUUGGGCAGAGCCCGCGGGAGAGCACUGGAGCUCGGCCAAAGACUGGCCGAGAGAAGAAGAUGAGGAUGCGUGA